GGGAUCCGCGGGAGGCGCAGCCGGCGCCGGAGGAGAGGCGGAGGCAAAGUCCCAUGCGGAGGGCCAGGAGAAGUUCGAGAAGUUCCAGGUCUAACUCGCCGAGAGAGUCAAGGAGCAAAUCACGGAGCAAAUCGCCCUGGAAAACCUAUUGGAAUCCCAAGGAGGAGUCCAAGACUCGCUUUCUGCGGUCGACGCGGUCCGCAAAGCUCGAACGGCGCUUUCCCGAAGAAGCCGUGAUCUGGCAGGAGUUGAGUCCCGUCUCCAAAGCCCAGCGAGGAGAAAACACGCGCGGCGUUUCUUCGGAAGCGGGACGGAGACCCCCGUCCGCCUCAGCAUCACUGAGCAGACAGGACAAGUCGCCCCAAAGCAGAGACUGGGAGACAGUUCCGCCAAAGCUCCCGGUGAACUGGGACUCGACAGGACGUCGCUACGCAUGUCACAACGACCUCAUCAGUGAGCCACUGCUGGGAGAGAUGUUGUUGGAUGCCGCAGCCAAAGGUGAUGUGCUGCAAGUCCGAGGCAUACUUGAUCAAGCAGAGCUGGACCAGCAAAAUGUCGCCUCCGUUCUGGCGUCUCGAGACUUUGACGAUCGCACGCCUCUGCACUGGGCAGCACGGCAGGGGCAUUUGGAGGUCUGUGAUUUGCUCCUCCGCAAGAAAGCGGAUGCCCUUAGCACGUCAGGUCCCCCACUGGCCACCCCGCUGAUGCUGGCGAGCCUCCACGGGCACGCUGGCGUGGUGCGGCGGCUGCUGGGCACCUCGUCGGCUUCAAAACAGCUGCAGAGCUGCGAUGCCAAAGGAAGGAAUGCUCUCCAUUUGGCUUGUUGUAGCAAGUCGCAAGUCUUGCAGCUCUUGCUGCACGUGCAACCUGAGCUUCUACAUUCUCAGGACAAGCUGGGUCGCAAUCCUCUGUACUAUGCUUUGGGCAAUCCCGUACCAGAGGAGCAGUGGGAGAUCUUGAAUACCUUGUUGCUGGGGAAGUGUUGUGCACACCAGGUGGAUUAUUUGGAUCGAAGUCCACUUUGGUAUGCUGUACAUGCAGGUGCUGUCAACUCUACAGCCUUGAUGUUGCGCCUAUCACCUGACAGGCCGCCUGAAGUUGCUACAAGCUCAAAGACACGGCACGAUUUAGAAAGACCAAAGCCUGAAAGCCAACCGAAGCCUGAAGAGUCCAAGGCGGAGGAAAAGAAGGAUAAGCCCAAGCCUGAUGCCAAGCCUGAAGAGCCCAAGGCGGAGGAAAAGAAGGAUGAGCCCAAGCCUGAUGCCAAGCCUGAAGAGCCCAAGGCGGAGGAAAAGAAGGAUGAGCCCAAGCCUGAUGCCAAGCCUGAAGAGCCAAAGGCGGAGGAAAAGAAGGAUGAACCCAAGCCUGAUGCCAAGCCUGAAGAGCCCAAGGCGGAGGAAAAAAAGGAUGAGCCCAAGCCUGAUGCCAAGCCUGAAGAGCCAAAGGCGGAGGAAAAGAAGGAUGAGCCCAAGCCUGAUGCCAAGCCUGAAGAGCCCAAGGCGGAGGAAAAGAAGGAUGAGCCCAAGCCUGAUGCCAAGCCUGAAGAGCCCAAGGCGGAGGAAAAGAAGGAUGAGCCCAAGCCUGAUGCCAAGCCUGAAGAGCCCAAGGCAGAGGAAAAGAAGGAUGAGCCCAAGCCUGAUGCCAAGCCUGAAGAGCCCAAGGCGGAGGAAAAGAAGGAUGAGCCCAAGCCUGAUGCCAAGCCUGAGGAGCCAAGGCGGAGGAAAAGAAGGAUGAGCCCCAAGCCUGAUGCCAAGCCUGAAGAGCCCAAGGCGAGAGGAAAAGAAGGAUUGAGCCAAAGCAUGAUGCCAAGCCUGAAGAGCCAAGGCGGAGGAGGAAAGAAGAUGAGCCCAAGCCUGAUGCCAAGCCUGAAGAGCCCAAGGGAGGAAAAGAAGGAUGAGCCCAAGCCUGAUGCCAAGCCUGAAGAGCCCAAGGCGGAGGAAAAGAAGGAUGAGCCCAAGCAUGCGGAGGAAAAGAAGGAUGAGCCCAAGCCUGAUGCCAAGCCUGAAGAGCCAAAGGCGGAGGAAAAGAAGGAUGAACCCAAGCCUGAUGCCAAGCCUGAAGAGCCCAAGGCGGAGGAAAAAAAGGAUGAGCCCAAGCCUGAUGCCAAGCCUGAAGAGCCAAAGGCGGAGGAAAAGAAGGAUGAGCCCAAGCCUGAUGCCAAGCCUGAAGAGCCCAAGGCGGAGGAAAAGAAGGAUGAGCCCAAGCCUGAUGCCAAGCCUGAAGAGCCCAAGGCGGAGGAAAAGAAGGAUGAGCCCAAGCCUGAUGCCAAGCCUGAAGAGCCCAAGGCAGAGGAAAAGAAGGAUGAGCCCAAGCCUGAUGCCAAGCCUGAAGAGCCCAAGGCGGAGGAAAAGAAGGAUGAGCCCAAGCCUGAUGCCAAGCCUGAGGAGCCAAAGACGGUUCCUGCUCUACCAAAUGUGCCACAUGUGCUUGCACUGGAAACGCCAAGAAGCUAUGUGGACCCCGUGCCGGUGCUCAAAACA